CCAUCACUGCUUCACUACUAUAAAAACCGAUUAGAGUGUCCCAAACAUUACAUCCGUUGAAACCUACUGCUAUACGAUCACAAUAAUGGGGUUCUUAUGUUCUCUUACUUUCUCCAUUCAGUUUCUUCUUUUCUUCUCAUCUUCCCUCUUCACAAACUGUUUUACUUUGAAUGAUUCAACUACAACUCAUCAUCAUGAGUGCCAUCAACAUGAAAGCAAUGCCUUGCUGAGCUUUAAAAAAACCCUCAUCAUAAGUAAGUCUGCUUCUUACAAUCCUUUCAGUUAUCCUAAAACUCUUUCUUGGGUUCCUGCCACAGAUUGCUGCUCCUGGGAUGGCAUUCAAUGCGAUGAGCUCACAGGUCAUGUGAUCGGCAUUGAUCUUGGUAGCAGCCAACUCUAUGGUUCCAUGGAUGCCAAUAGCACCCUUUUCUCACUUGUGCAUCUUCAAAGCCUUGAUCUUUCAGACAAUGACUUCAAUCACUCGCAAAUUCCUGCCAAGAUAGGUAUUUUCUGGCUGAAAUUGAGGGACCUGAGCAAAAAUCUGAUUCAGAGACUGAAAAGGACUGCAGAUGCUGUUGGAUUCUGACCUCCCUGCACUCGAAGUGGAUUUUCUGGAGUUACAGAAGCCCAAUUGGCGCGCUCUCAACGGCGUUGGAAAGUAGACAUCCUGGGCUUUCCAGCAAUAUAUGAUAGUCCAUACUUUGCUCAAGAUUUGAUGGCCC